AUGUCCACGGCAGUGGUUCUUGCAGCCGAAGAGGACCUACGUCUUGAUGUUUGCGAAUCCAUCGAUUGUGACUUUUACCGCUUUGUAGAUCGGCUUCGGGCAGCUUUCGUGCCCUCAGUAGAUUUUUCUAUUGCCGUCAUCAAAAGAGCCCACCGGCGACUUCAUUCGCUACUUAAAGCCAGAAGGGCGCUCGUGGAUCCCGCAGCGCAGGGGCCGUUCGCCAUAAUCCGAGAUGUGAAUGCCAGCCUUGCUUGCCCUCGAUUCUUUCUCCUGCUUUUCCUCUACUUCGUCCCUUGGCUCUUUACCUUAUGCUGCAACUUGGCGCAAUUGCUAGCGAUUUACGGGGCAUCGGGCAGAAUUGCCGAAGACUCCAACAGCGCAGUAACAGAGGCUCCAGGAGCUGGAGGCGACACCGUUGAUAACGUCGCCAUAGGACCACCUCCCCUCGACAUGGAAACGGUACUCAAUGACGAAGGGUUUUGGUUCAUUGCUGGAAGCCUCCUUAUAAAUCUUUCGGCCGUCCUUUAUCUUUCAGUGCUAACCAGCAGAUGCGCUGAAAGCUGCUUUACCAAGUGCAUGUACAGCCGCGUACACGAAGCAGUUGUUCAAUUCUGCAGCCGCAUGGUAUCCCGCACUUGGGAAGAGUCCGUGGUCGAGGACCUGGUGGAAUUCCUAGAGGCCCCUCGGAAAGAUUUUGAAAAGGUUCCAAGUGCACAGAGCAAAACUGAGCAACAACGCUCCGCUAGCAGGCAGCUGUGCACUAGAAGCCUUGGUUGUCAUGUUUUAACCCCUGCUUGGUCUUCCACGUGUUCUGCCUCCCCCUCCUCCGUUCACAGUUGCAAUCCUGCCGCGGCCUGGCUCCGCUCUUUGCUGCUUGUUGCUGCUACACAGGCCCCGUCAGUGCCUCCCCGCAGUCGCUUGCGCUCCCAAUGCCUAGCGUUGGAGCCCUUCACCCUCUCUCCAGAGACAGAAAGCUGUCCUGGCGGCUUUGGGGGCCCCUAUUACGAGCUAGAAGACCUGCGAGUGAAGCCCUUUUUUAACAGCGCUAGAGUCCGCAGGGACUCCAUCGGAAAGGAGGAGGAGAGGGCCCCCACAGAUAACAGACACGAGUGGAAUAAAUCUACGGGGAGAGAGGGGAAGGCAGUGUAUCGGGAGGGAAACGAGGGCACCGGGGCAGACGAGGAUUGCACGACAGUCUUGGGCACCGCUACUACGGAAGCAGAGAAGCAGCCAGAGGUGGAGUUAGAGAGGCAGGAGGAUUCAGUCUCGGACUGA